GUCGCAGAAGAAGAAGAUAUAGAAUUAGAUAAAGAACAUCAAAAAAAUAUUUUUCCUGGCUUUCUCGAUGAAAACUAUAAUCUAAAUUAAUGUUAACUUAACUUUAAAACAAGACAAUGAAAUUAAGAUUUUGGUUAAAAGGCUGCUAAAGGAAAAGUUAGGUGUCUAUGCUUUCCUUGUAACACGGUUUUUAGAAAAGAAGUCAAGAUAUAACACAAUGUCAAUAAAAAACACAGCUAUGGCUAGUAUAAGGUUUGGGAUUUCACCUGCCGCAACUGCAGCAAUUGCUACAAGUUAUCUUCAAGAUUUAAUUGAAGCAGGAUUUCUCACCCCUGAGUCCUCUUACCUUGCUUGUGAUCCUUCUAAGUUGACGAGAGAGAGAAAAAAGGUGAUGGUAGUUGCGAAGAAAAAUGAAAAUUUAAAACUUCCGAAAGCAGAUAAUAUUGCCAUUUACUUUGACAGAAGGAAAGAUUCAACAAGAGCAAUGAUAAAUGAUUCAAAUGGACAGCUACAUCCUAUUAUUAUCAAAGAGCAGCACAUUACUGUGACUAUAGAACCUGGUGGUCGAUAUCUUGGCCAUUUUACCCCAAAUGCACCUAAUCAUCUAGAUAAGCCAGCUAAAAAGAUUGCUGAAGGUGUUUAUAAUUUGCUGCAACAAUAUAAUCUUACUGAAUCAUGUUUACUACUUGGAGCUGACAGUACUUCAAUUAACACAGGCUGGAAAAGUGGUGCUAUAACGCAUCUUGAAAAGCUGUUAGGUCACAAGUGCCACUGGGCUAUAUGCAUGCUUCAUUCGAAUGAAUUAUUUUUGCGUCACCUUAUAGAAGGCAUUGAUGGACCAACAUCAUGUAGUACUGGAUUUGUAGGUCCUGUGGGAAAAUUUCUUCCUGAUGUUAAUAAAUGGAGUAAAAUCCUUAAUUUAAAGCUCUUCCAAAUGGAGAGAGCUUUGUCGACAUUCCAGAAACAAUAUUAAAAAAUAUGUCAACAGAUCAGAAACAAUGUUACAAGCUAUGUAAAGCAGUUAAGAUUGGUUUAUUGCCACCUAAUCUUAGAGAAAUUCAAUGUGGCCCCUUGAGUCAUGCCAGACUCAAGGGGCCACAUUGUAUGCCAGACUCAAGGGGCCACAUUUACUUGUUCGCUCACCAGAGAUAAGUUGUUAUUACUUAGAUUGAUACCUUUAAUAACUCCUUCGAUUAAAAUUCAUACUCAAAGUACUGAACGUGCUGUAAAACAAGUGACAGUAGCAUCCAUGUCAGUAGUUGGACCAUAUGCAAGAGAUGGUUAUAUUAGAGCUAGAGCUCAGCAUAGAGAGUUGCUACCUGUUUUUAAAACAAAGAAAGAAAUUUUAUUAAAUUUUUAACUUCAAUAGAUUUUUAUUUUA